GCAACACACCCUGCACAGGUAACACACACACGUACACACACACACUCAGUUCAAUCUACUGCUGCUGACGUUUCCACCACACACGUUGUAAACUUCAGGAGGAGCUGAGAGACUCCGCAAACACACAAACUGCAUUCAAUACCAAAGCAACAUGGACAAAUGAACUGAUCCUUCCACCAUCUUUUCUCUUCUGUCAACAGGGAAUGUUCUGGACCUCUCUUGUGUGAAGGGCCACCUGAAGAGGAAACAGCUGUAGGUUACGAUGGACACUCUGCCAUCUGGUGUGACUGUGUAUUCAGGUGACCAGGUGGGAGAUGAGGCAGGUCUGUUGAAGGGUGAAGUGACUGACGACAACAAAACAAGCACAUGUGUCCAUGAUCUAUUUCAUGAGGAUGCACAGGUUUUCCAGCAGUCGAGCCAGCCGUGGUGGAAGAUCAAGCUGUUUGUGUGGGAGCCGGUGCUGUUCGGCACCUGGGAUGGAGUUUUUACCACCUGCAUGAUCAACAUUUUCGGUGUGGUUUUAUUCCUGCGUACUGGCUACCUCGUGGGAAACACUGGUGUCCCGCUUGGGAUGCUCCUGGUCUCGUCAGUUGUGGUGGUUGCUUUGGUUACAGUGAUGUCGGGGAUCGGCAUGUGUGAGCACUGUGGAGUCGGGAGUGGGGGAAUCUACUCCAUGAUUUCCACUGUCCUGGGUGGCAGGGUUGGGGGUACAGUGGGCCUCCUUUAUGUGUUUGGACAGUGCGUGGCUGGAGCCAUGUACAUCACAGGUUUCUCAGAGUCGGUGGCGGAGCUGCUGGGUCUACAGUCUCAGUGGGCGGUGCGUGGUAUGUCGGCGGCGGUGCUGCUGGCUCUGCUCGGGAUCAACCUGGCCGGUGUCAAGUGGAUUGUCCGACUCCAGCUGAUACUGCUGGCUGUCCUGGCCGUCUCUACACUGGACUUUGUCAUUGGCACCUUCACACACCUUGACCCAAUGCAUGGGUUCACUGGUUAUUCAGCUGAGCUGCUCAGCAGCAACACACACCCAGAUUACACUCCAGGAGAGAACUUCUUCACAGUAUUUGGGUGCUUUUUCCCCGCUGCUACAGGUGUAAUGGCAGGCUUCAAUAUGAGUUCAGAUCUUCAGCGGCCUGAACACAACAUCCCUGUGGGAACACUGGCAGCUGUCUUCACCUCGUGGUUCCUGUAUCUGGUCUUUGCCUUCCUUCUGGGGGCCAUCUGCACCAGAGAGGCUCUGCGCUAUGACUUCUUGAUAGCAGAAAAGGUCUCCUUGGUGGGUUUCCUCUUUCUGCUGGGCCUCUACAUCUCCUCCUUGGCUUCCUGCAUGGGCAGCCUGUAUGGAGCACCCAGGAUCCUCCAGUGCAUUGCUCAAGAGAGGGUCAUCCCUGCUCUGUCCUGGCUGGGAACAGGGAAAGGCCCAAACAGGACCCCGGUGGCUGCGAUCUGCCUGACCAGCCUGGUGACCAUGGCCUUCAUUUGCAUUGGCCAGGUCAAUGUUCUCGCUCCCAUCGUCACCAUCAAUUUCAUGCUCACCUACAGCUUCAUCGACUACUCCUACUUCAGCGUGGCCAUGACUGUGCAGCUGCAGAGGAAAGAGAAGAAGGAUUCCCCCGCUUUGGCCAGAGGAAGCCAGCGCAAGUCCAGCAGUAGAAGCUCCAGGCCGCUUAUUGAAGCUCCUCUGCUGAACUAUGGGAGUGGUGGCGGAAGUGCACUGAGCAAAGGAACUUUAUCAGAGUUCACCAAGGACAUGGAUCAGAUCUUUCGACCUGUAUCAAGUGUCGAUGUGGGAACCGUGAAGACCUCCUCCACGCAAGAGAUAAGCAGCAGAAGCAAAAGUAGAAAGGUCACUGCUAAGCAGAAGCUGAUGGACAGCUUUGGUUUGGACCUGAAUAACCUUGUGUUCUCAGAGGAGAAAAGAGAGGAGAUAAGUUCAGCUCCGCCAUAUGAGGAAGCUGAGCCGCAGCCAAGAAGUGUGGAGGUCAGGGACAGAGAAGAGCCACAAGCCAAAGAGUGUAUAAAAAUAAGUUCUGCGAAGCACGAUUCAUCUGCUCAUCCUCACAACCAUAGCACAGGAGCUGGAGGUAAACCAGAGCACCAAAGCAUUGACAUCAAACCCAUGCAGGAUUCAUUCUAUGCACAAUUCUUUAAUCACUGGAUCGCACUUAUUGGGACAUUGAGUUCCAUACUGAUCAUGUUUGUGAUCCAGUGGGUUUAUGCCUUAGCAAACAUUGUGGUUGCCGUGCUGCUCUUCUUCUACAUUGGGAAAACAAGUCCUGGACUACCAAUAGGUAUCGCAGCUCGCUUCAGCUUUUUCUCAUGGCUCAAAUCAACAGUAAAGGGCAUUUUCAGGAAUAAAGGACCCCCCCAGGACGAAAUAGUGGUGACACCCUCUCUGUACAGGGUGGGACUGAAAACCAGGCAGCUGACGGAGGAGAACGCUGACUUUGCCUCUCGCCACCGCUGUCACCAGUCUUCGUUCAUAAAGAGCCACGAGAUGGUGCAACCACCGUUUCACUGACCAAGUCGAGCACUGUCUGCUUCUGUUUUAUGUCACACAGCUGACAGACUGAAAACCACAUUUUUCUGCCUUAAACUGUUCUGCAUGUUGCCCAGUGGGUCACAUUCUGCCCACACGUCCAUUCUAAUAGAGACACUCAGCAGGUCCAGACGUUUCCAUGUCGUGGUUGGAGGAAAUGUUUUUUUCACUUUUUCACGAGUUACAGUGACUGUCUCCACUAACCCAGGACUGAAUGUAGCUGGAAUAGUAUUUUUUUUUUUCCUCAUGUGAAAGUAACUGAAUUAAUAGACGUUGGUUUUGUCUUGACAUGGCUACAACCUCUGAGCAAUUAUCAAUUAUGUGAGUGACAUAUCAAAAAAUGGGUCUUUGAUGUCAGGAGGAACAAUUAACACACGUUGUCAAAAACGUGACAGAAUAGUUUAAUUAAAAGGUCCAUAUUCACUUUUUUUUUGUUCAGGUUGUUAAUUGAGAAAUUAUUAGGAAUCGCCACGCCUUUAACUGCCAGUUUUGAUAUUGUAAUUCUUGUUAGCUAUACAAUCUGUUAUUGAUUGAUAUUUUUUUAAAAUUAGCGCAGUAUCCAUUUGCGCUGUGUUAGAGGACAUGGAAGCAGUUCUUUUGGGGAUAUAUCUAUUGCAUUUCUACUGAUAUCUUUCAUUCAUCACCACCACAGUUGGUAGUGCACACACUGAAGCCUGUCAAGCGACCCAUUAAAAAUGUUUCUAAAGCUAAAGAUAAUGUUCAUCAGCGACCAACUCCAAAGUUUCCUCAAGACAAACUGAAGGCAUAGAUAUUAUGUGGACAUACUCGGUGGAUUGAUCUGCACAUUCUGCAUUCUUGUAAUUUAAUCAGACUCUUGUAAGGUGUUUGGUUUGUUUCGCUGUAAAACAAAGACUCAGCGAAGCUGUGAAAACCACAUCCUCUGAGCUCUAUCGUUGUCAGAGUAGCAUCAGGCACAAGUGGCCUACACUUGUGGGACAGGACUGAACAUACUGAACAUCAUUUUGUCAGCGAGAUUGUCAUGUUUCACAUUGUCAUGUUUUUUCUUCGUCUUUUCUUCUUGGAAAAUGUAAUAAUCAUAAUUUU